AUUUAUUAAAUUUCAGUGUGUGCUAGUCAAUAUUUGUGAAACAAAUGUUUGUCAACAGUUCGUAUUAGUUAUUUAUUAAAUUCAAAUUUGUUGUAAUGGCGGCGCGUCGUAGUUUGACGGAGGAUGAAAUUUUAGAGCAAGCGGGCUUGACCAAACCGAAUGAGGACACCACCAGCAGCGACUCCAAUCGCAGCUUGGACAAAUAUCGCAAUGUGGAAACAACGGAGUCGAAGCCCAGCACCGCAUUGGAAAUCAUAUUUCUUAUAUUGACGUACAUAUUUCUGUUUAUCACAUUUCCGCUAUCGAUUUGGGGCUGCUUUGCUAUAAUGCAGGAAUAUCAGCGCGCUGUGGUGCUGCGCUUUGGCCGCCUGCGUCCUGGCGGGCCACGUGGCCCUGGCAUACUGUUUUUUCUGCCCUGCGUUGACAACUAUGUGCGUGUGGAUUUGCGCACCACAAGCGUCGAUGUGCCGCCGCAGGAUAUACUAACCAGAGACUCGGUGACAGUAACAGUCGAUGCUGUGGUUUAUUAUCGUGUGAGUAAUCCGCUGGAUGCAGUGCUGCAGGUGCAGGAUCCACGCACCUGCUGCCAGCUGCUGGCCAUGACCACACUGCGUAAUAUAACAGGCACCUAUAUGCUCAUCGAGCUGGUGCAGUCCAAGAAAUCGCUGUCCAAGCACAUUAAGCAAAGUUUGGACAACACGCGCGCCACCGAUCCCUGGGGAUUGCGCAUUGAACGCGUGGAAAUCACGGACAUAUUUAUGCCCGAGUCACUGCAGCGUUCCAUGGCCAUAGAGCAGGAGGCGCGUCGCGAGGCGCUGGCCAAAGUUGCAGCCGCCAAUGGCGAACGCGAUGCAGUCAAAGCGCUGAAAGAAGCUGCCGACAUUAUGGCCAGCAAUCCAAUUGCGUUUCAGCUGCGUUUUUUGCAAACUUUGAAUACCAUAAGCAAUGAAGAAACAGAUAUUUAUGUAUUCCCGCUGCCCAUAGAUGUAGUCUCCAAAUUAAUCAAAUAGUUGCUGCAAUUAAAUCUCUAAGUGGCGCCUCCAAGUGGCAGCAUUUUAUCAUUCUAAUGGCAUUUUAAUUAUGCAUUAAAUGUCAUACGCGAAAAGCACUUAAGACCAAAUUUAUUC